AUGCGUCGACGUGAACGAGCAUUAACAACUGAACUUCGUUUGAAUAUGGAUUCAGAUGAUAAGUUACCAGGCAUAUCACCAAUAUUUACUCAUCGUAUGCUCAAUUUAUCUCCAUUAUUGAAUAUACGUAGUAAUAAUUAUUUUCGUAUAUCUACUGCACCUUCAACAACAGUCGAUCGAUUGGGUUUAUUUGAUCCAUUAUCAAAUGUCAGUACAGCUAGUAUGAUUGAAUCACCAUCAUCACAUCGAACAGUCUUCACCGGAAAUCAAACUACUAUUCCAUAUACAAAACCAAUCAAUGAAUAUACAUGGUGUUAUGAAAGUUCAAGUCCUUCUAUUCAAUCAAAUACUAAAAAUAGUUCGGAUGAAUGUUUACCUCAACUUGAAAUUGAUGAUAAACCAUUAAUAUAUCGUCAACAAUUUGAAUCAUCCGAACAUUUUAAUUGGUAUGGUACUAGUGAAAGUCAAGGACAUGUUAUUAUUUCAUACAAACAUUCUAUUGAUCAGAAUAAACAACGAUCUAUAAUGUCAAUUGUUAGAACACGACAACGAACAUUGAUUGAAUCAAUAUUUGAUAUACAUUCAUCAUCAACUGCCAAUGAUAUUUUACGUCGUAUUUGUGAACAAUGUGCUAUUACUGAUAUAGAAUAUUUUGAUCCGGUGCUAUGUGAUGGUGUAAGUUAA